UUGUGCUAAACAAGAUGGCGGCCGUUCCAGAGAACCGAGUUCUGGCCUACAGUGUUUGUAAAUGGAGCUCGUACUCCUCUACCUACUUGCCUGAGAAUAUUUUGGUAGAUAAACCUAAUGACCAGUCUUCCAGGUGGUCCUCCGAAAGCAACUACCCUCCUCAGUACCUGAUUCUAAAACUGGAAAGACCUGCAAUAGCCCAGAGCAUAACCUUUGGAAAGUAUGAGAAAACACAUGUCUGCAAUCUUAAGAAAUUUAAAGUUUUUGGAGGAAUGAGUGAGGAAAAUAUGACAGAACUUUUAUCCAGUGGCCUUAAAAAUGAUUACAACAAGGAGACUUUCACCUUGAAGCACAAGAUUGAUGAACAGAUGUUUCCAUGUCGAUUUAUUAAAAUAGUACCACUUAUGUCAUGGGGUCCGAGUUUCAACUUUAGUAUCUGGUAUGUUGAGCUUCAUGGUAUUAGUGAACCUGAUGUUGUGCAACCUUGUCUUAAUUGGUAUAGUAAGUAUCGUGAACAAGAAGCUAUUCGACUAUGCCUCAAACACUUUCGCCAACAUAACUACACAGAAGCAUUUGAAUCUCUACAGAAAAAAACAAGAAUUGCUUUGGAGCACCCAAUGCUAACUGAUCUUCAUGAUAAGCUAGUCCUUAAAGGAGACUUUGAUGCCUGUGAAGAGCUAAUUGACAAAGCAGUAAAUGAGGGGUUAUUUAAUCAAUACAUUAGCCAUCAGGAGUAUAAACCAAGGUGGAGUCAGAUCAUCCCUAAAACUACCAAAGGAGAUGGUGAGGAAAACAGGCCAGGAAUGAGAGGAGGGCACCAGAUGGUGAUAGAUGUUCAGACAGAAACAGUUUAUUUAUUUGGUGGUUGGGAUGGAACUCAAGACUUAGCUGAUUUUUGGGCAUAUAGUGUUCAAGAUAACCAAUGGCUUUGCAUAUCUAGAGAUACUGAAAAAGAGAAUGGUCCUAGUGCCAGAUCAUGUCAUAAAAUGUGUAUUGACUCACAAAGGCGACAAAUAUACACAUUAGGGAGGUAUUUGGACUCAUCAGUAAGAAAUAGCAAAUCUCUGAAAAGCGACUUUUAUCGGUAUGAUAUUGAUACAAAUAUUUGGACAUUAUUAAGUGAGGACACAUCAUCAGAUGGUGGACCUAAGCUUGUCUUCGAUCAUCAGAUGUGCAUGGACUCAGAGAAACACAUCAUUUAUACUUUUGGUGGACGAAUUUUGACAUGUAAUGGCAACCUUGAAGACAGUCGGACAAAUGAACCACAGUUUAGUGGAUUGUAUGCUUACCAUUGUAUUUCAAAUACAUGGAAACUUUUAAGGGACGAUUCUUGUAAUGCUGGUCCAGAAGAUGUUCAGUCAAGAAUAGGACACUGCAUGCUUUUUCAUAAUAAAAAUCGAUGUCUGUAUGUUUUUGGAGGACAAAGAUCAAAGACAUAUUUAAAUGAUUUUUUUAGCUAUGAUGUUGACCAUGAUCAUGUAGAAAUAAUAUCUGAUGGUACAAAGAAAGAUUCCGGAAUGGUCCCAAUGACAGGUUUUACACAGAGAGCCACAAUUGAUCCAGAACUCAAUGAGAUACAUGUUCUUUCUGGGCUUAGCAAAGAUAAGGAUAAGAGAGAGGAAAAUGUGAGAAACUCAUUCUGGAUAUAUGACAUAGCAAGAAACAGCUGGUCAUGUGUGUACAAGAAUGAUCAAUCAAUUAAGGAGAAUCCAAGUAAAAAUCUUCAAGAAGAGGAACCUUGUCCACGUUUUGCCCAUCAACUUGUUUAUGAUGAGAUGCAUAAAGUGCAUUAUUUGUUUGGGGGAAAUCCUGGCAAGUCUUGCUCACCUAAAAUGCGGCUGGAUGAUUUUUGGUCUUUGAAGCUUUGUCGUCCAACAAAAGAGUAUCUUCUAAGGCACUGCAAAUACCUUAUUAGGAAGUACAGGUUUGAAGAAAAAGCCCAGAGUGAGCCUCUGAAUGCAUUGAAAUAUUUACAAAAUGACUUGUCUUCAACAGUGGAUCAUUCAGACCCUGAAGAGACAAAGGAGUUUCAGCUCUUGGCAUCUGCACUUUUCAAAUCAAGCUCAGAUUUUAUCCCAUUGGGUUUUUCAGAUGUGGAUCAGGUCUACGCUCAGAGAACACAGCUUUUUGACACUCUCGUCAAUUUCUUUCCUGACAGCAUGACCCCUCCAAAGGGAAAUUUGGUGGACCUCAUUACAUUGUAACUCAGCAGAGGUCAAACAAAGGAAUUAAACCAUUUUAGUAUUUUAUUUCAUAGUAUCUAGAAAUAUUUUUAUAAAGAGUUCUAGUUGUACAGUGCUGGUUUAUGUAAAAUAGUUGUUAUGGGGGUAGGGGAAGUGGUUGGUCAUUGUGCUCUCAUUUAAAGAGUGUGAUGACCCCUGUUUACUUAAUGUCAAAAUAUCUUUUUGGAAUUUUUAAUGCAGAGUGCACAUGAAUGUUCUAAUUUAUUUUUUCAGUUAUUUUUACUGAAUAUAUGACAUGCAGGUAUACUCAUGAUAAUGUUAACAACUUGUAAAGCACUAUUUUUAUUUCUUAAUUUUGUUUUUGAUGUGCUUUCACAGUACUUUACAAGAUAAUUUUGAAUGCUGCAUAGUGUAUUAUGUUUAUGAAACACAAUUGACACUUUGUGUCUUUCUUUGCGUGUCAUAAUAACUAAAGGAUAAUGUAUAAACAAUUUGUAAUCUGGCAUUAUAAAAUGUUUAUACCAUUCUACAUUUUCUUAUGAAAAAAAAAAUUUCUGAUGUUAAGGGCUUUCUUGUCUCAACUUAAUUACAGAAGUAAUGGUGGCUGCAUGAUUUUUAUGAGAAAGUGACUUGAAGUUCAGAUUUUCCUUGCCAUGUUUUGGGUUAUUAUGUAAAGACCAGCCAACGGUGCCUUGGUGCACAAGGUCCCCACCCUCUAGAACAUAAGGCCUUCUGUUUAAGGCAUGUAGGUGCAGACACUAGACACUCUCCUUGCUUUAAGAAUGAUGAUUUGCAGAACUGUGAUUAGUUUACGUCAAACAGUAUUGAAUUUUUCAUAUUUUAGUAAGGUGCAAUAAUUGAAAAAUAUGGUGAUAACUGUAAGCUUGUGUGAACAUGGGAAACAAAAUGCAAUACUGAACCCCUUUCAACUUCUGCAAAGAUGAAAUGUGAACCCAGUGCCAAACCCAUUUUCACAUUUAUAGAUGACAUGACCAUUUAUAUCCAGUGUGAUGAUAUCCAGAACAGCCGUGAAAGCAUAAAAUGAUGCACUGUCGCUUUAUUUUUACCACUGUGUUUUUGAAAAUGUUUGCAGAGCCAUGCUGUCUGUUUCAUGGUGCUGGCACUGCUUCUGAGCAACAUUUUAUUAAAAAAAAUCACUUGAUUUAUUACCCUUCUGUGGAUAAUCAGUUUGGGUACUGUAUCUUAUCCUGUCAUCAUUUUAGAUCAAGACCUGCUUUUUCCAGCUGAAUUGUUUUGUUGCAACAAGCUGACCAUGUUGGUUUUUUUUAAAUAGUUGCAUUAUAGCCCGAGAUUGAAGUUAGGUUUUCAUUUGAGUAUUGUUUAAGGUGUGUGCUGUCAUACUCAAACCAAUUACUUUUUGUAGAGUGUUUUCUUGGAAAAAGUUUAGUUUAAAGAUUGAAAUGCAUUGUAAACCUGUACCCCCCCAAAACCAAAAAAAUAUUUGUAAUUUAUAAUAAGUGCUAAAUUAAGGACUGUCGUAUAGAAUGGUACAGUUAGAAUGACUUCAUCCAGUGGGUUGCUAAAUCCUCAAUGCUGUUUAUAUACUUUAGGAUUUAAUUGUUAACUUUGAAAACUGCUCAAGCAAACAAGCCAAAGAAUGAGAAUUUGGUGACUCAUUGCUGUAAAUGUUUGUUUGUUUGUUUGUUUGUUUGUUUGUUUGUUUGUUUGUUUAUUUAUUUAUUUAUGAGAUACCUACCAGCCAUCAUUUUGGGAUGACUGUGUUUUACUUUCAUGCAGUUUAACAAAGCAAUUUAGUAUAAAAUGUUAAGAUUUUCUUUUGCGUGGUAAUAAAACAAAAAUCUUAUAGUUUUAGGUAACAAGCCUACUUUCCUCAUCAGUUCUCCUCAACAUGGUAUUUCAGGCUGUAGUGAAUCUGUAGAAGUUGAUUUCUUUUACAGCAUGUUUGUGUGUGUUUAUUGUGGAGGUUUUUUUUUUGGGAAGAAAUUAUUUUUGGACUUUAUAAAAUUGAUAUUUUGCUUAUAUUUAAUUUUAUUAAUUGAAACAUUACUAGAAAUGAGUAAAUUAUGCCUGAAAUUACCAGUGUGUAUUUUCUCAAGCAAUUUUAAGAAUUAUUUUGUCCAAAACCUUUGCAAGUAUCGCUUAGUUUUGCUGACUGUGAUUUUUAAAAUGAGAAUAUGUGCCACAUAUAUCCCAAAGCUUUAUGAAAUUGUUUUUAUGCUCCUUCUAAUGGAGUCUAUGGAAGCUUAUUACCACCAUAAAAACAAAAGUUACUGUGCUAUUUCUCAAGUAAUUUUAUUUUGCAAUAUUGGUUAUUUCACAAAAGAAUUCUGUAACUUCAUAAAGGCACUGCCUGCUGCGUUUGGUAAUUGUGUACACAUAAGCUCCCAUUGUCUAGAGCCAGCUAGUGAUGCACAGGUUAAGCACAUGCAUAGUAUGCAAUGAAGUGAGAAGAACUGAACAGGAAUGUUGUUGACAUACUGUAAUCCUGCAUGUGCUGUGGGGUAAGUUUAAUCAGCCCAGUUUAGGGUCACAGGGAGCAGUAGAGUGUUGUACCGUGUUAGCCAUAGAUUGAUACAGGAGAAAGUAGGGUGAAUGACACCUUUAUUGGCUAACUAAAUAGAUUGCAAAUGUAAGCUUUCGAGGCAGCUAAAGCCCCUUCAUCAGGGAAGGUGUAACAAGAAGCAAACAUAGUGGAUGGUGUGCUUGUCCUUUGGGCACAAUCAUACAGCCAAUUAGAAAAGAGUGUCCUGCAUGCACUCCAAUAACAGAAACCCAUAAAUAUUGUGCAAGUUCACAAAAAAUAACUGGAUUAAAUUAGAUACUUUUUUGAAACAUUGUGAUCUGGUGGUGCAACCACUCGUGUUCAUAUCUUGAAUCUUCAGGGGCUCGGGUUGGGGAUCAAAGUUACUCACAUGAUAGACUUAAACAGAUUUAGUUAAUCGAGAAGCAGUACUGACAAAUGUCCCAGUAUUCAGUGUUAAAACAGAUAAUCCUAUUCAGUUAAGCACACUCUGAUACCAAUCAAUCCACAAAUGCACGGGGAGAACAUGCAACUGCCAUGCAGACACUACUGCUAUGAGGCAGGAAUGACAGCUCUGCGGUACAACUCUGCCAAUGUUAAAAACAUCUGUGCUAAACUUGUUAAACUUUAACCUGUUUAAAACUAAAUGUAUGCUUGUAACUUUAGUUCAUUUCUUGUCAUUUGAUUGCACACUAUGUGUGUGCUUAACUGCUCCCCCAAUAGCUAUCACUAGACAUUGAAGCACUUUGUACACAUCGUUAUAGCAGCAGGCAAUAUUGUGAAAUAUUGCAAUUCUUUCGCUAAAUAAUUUUUUCAGGUGCUGUGAAUAAGCUUCACCAUUGUCUACAUGUGAUUGUUGAUUACUGUCUUGUCAAACAUUAUUUAAGUUGCUGCUUUUAUUGUAACGCUUUAAUUUGAAGUAGUUUAGGACAACAUGAAUGUAUUUGUUUAUUGAAAAGCUAUUAUUUAGUGGAAAGUUCACUUAAAUGUUAAAACUAACAAAAUUACUAACCAUUCUUGUCAGACCUGUUGUAUUUCUGUGCUUUCAUCUAAUCCCUGCAGGGAUUUGACCAUUACACUGGCACAGACCAUGCACAUGUGUCUUAUUAUUUUGAGGAUUCCCAAAAAUUUAAGGAGUUUCUAUUGCAAGUACAACAUUAAUUAGAACACUGAAGUCAGGCAGAUGGAGCUACACAUAUAAAGGAAGGAGUUUUUUUUUUUUUUUUUAAUGGUAUAGUUAUUUUGCUGCUGAAGUGUCAAACUGGCCAUUGGUAUAUUUUCUGUAUAUUGGUUUAACUUAAAAUAUUUCAUCCCAAGACCAGGAAAUGAAUAUGUUUGUUGAUAGUUAUGAUCCCUUUUAGUCAGCUAAAGCAAUACAACAUUUUACAGUUAAGACUUUUAAACACAUAGAAAUGUUUCCUUGAACAUCCAGAUUGGUAGCACAGUAUAAGCCCGAUUGUGCACAUGAUGAUGGGCCAUUCUUUUUUUGACGUUGAAUCAACAAGAGGUGUGUUAUUACAGUAAAACUGAAUGUUUUGCUGAACUUGUUAAGUCAUAAAACUUAAAUUGCAUAAGGCAACUUCUCACUCGUCUUUAGUUGCUCACUGGUGAAGCAGACAUCAAAACCUUGCGCUUUUGGGAGUGCACCACUUCUGCUGUGAUAGAUGCUGACAUACGAGAGACCAGGACACUGUACAGUGGCUUAAAUACAGUGAUUUGUUUUCCUGACAGGUGGCACCCAGGCUAGUUUAGUAACUUGACCAGGGUCACACAGUGAUAGGAAAGCAGCUAUUGGACUUUUGGCCUUGUAGUACACAGUUGCUACAUUAGAUUUUCAGUCUUGUUUAUAUUAUGUCCCAAAUGUGUACAAAACACUAUAAUGCUGAAGAAGUGUCACAUAUUUAGUUGAAGACCUGAUGCCACCUUAUGUCAUCAACAGUUACAAAUAUUUAUUUGCUUUUUUAUCGUCCAUGUAAAACCAAAUGAAGGGAGAACCAAAGGAAGAGAAGAGCAGCACCUAUGCCCUUUCUGCUCAUAAAGAUUUUGGCUUCCUUCCAGCCUCUAUAAAUUAAUGCAACUUGUACAUAUUUGCAGUUCUCUUUUGCUCUGAAAAUAGUCAGGUUUUACAGGAGAUGCAUAUUCUCAUUCUCUUCACAUAUCUCAGUUUUACCAGAUAUUUUGCCCAUGUCAUAAAGCUAACAUUUGGUUCCACAGUUUUAAAUAACUUGAACCUUUCCAGUGUUGUUGGACAUAAAUUUGUUGACGCACUUAAAUUGUUCAUUUAUUCAAAGUCCAGCAAAUCUUAACAGCUGGUAGAACAAAAUUGCACAAGAGCAUAUCCUAUCACUGAAUUGGUUUUCCUCUGUUGAAAGGAUGACCAAGCAAGUUCCUUGAAUUAACUUCCAUUAUUGGUGGUAUGCUGGUUGGUAUUGCCUUUCUCUCAGAUACAGCAUUGUGGGUUUAAAUCUCGUGACUGACUGUUGUCCAAGUGGAGUUUGCGAGUUGUCCCUAUUGUUGCAUAGUUUUUCCUCUGCAUACCCGGGUUUUUCUCCCAAGUUCCCAAUAACAUGCAGCUUAGGUCACUCCGUGAUUCCUGUUUGACCUUGUGUGACUACGGGUAUAUGCACAAGUGGGCAUUGGACUGAUGGCUUAUUCUGUCUUGUGCCAGUUACUGUCUGGAUUGGCUCUGGACCCCUAUGGCCCUAAACUGGAUUAAUAUUUAAUUUUUUGCUAUUUUGCAGUUGAGUGUAGAGAUGAUGGGAUUGCAAAAGCACUGAAAAUAUUGAUUGUACUUCAAAAUUCAGGAAGCCCUCUUUGUAAAUUUCAAUUCACAGCAGUACUCCCAGACACCAUGACUUCAAGCUUUUGAGGCUUGACGUGUUCUUCUAAAUAUACUAACACAAAUACCUCCGUUAUGAUAAUAAAGCCAUUUAUUCUUCCUUCAUUUCAUGUAUUCAUUAUAGUACAUGCCCUUUGAAAUUACAAGGUUUUUUAACAAUAAUCCAUGCUUAGCCAACCCUUUCUACACUCUUGAAACAUAUCCACGCCAUCAUCACACCUUUGUUCAUACUUCAGAACCUCACACUACCUGAGUCUUGCAGUACACAUCAAUUGUAGCCUUCAUUUAGUCAUGGCACACACCCGUGACUACCUGUAGUUUAGUGCUACAACCCCCGUGACUUAGUCUUAGCAGGCUACCAAACAUGAAUUUGUCUUAAGUAGUAGUGGGCUCCUGUAUGUGAGAGAGCUGAUGGACAAUGAGUGCCCACCUUAACAUACAGGACAUACAAUGUGAACAUGAGGAAACCGUGCAAUCAGAUUAAGAAGCUUGCCUGUUCAAAGUCAUGUUUUUUUUUCUACCACAGCGGAAUGAAAGAAUAGGAGCGGAGACUGCAGCUGAACAUCCCCCAUGCUUAGAGAGAGACAAUCACAGAGCCACCAGUGCAAUCGGGCAGUGCAUCCAAUGACUGUGAAAAUGUGGCAAGCUUGUGAUACUAGAAAUCUGAAGCUGUGCUGAGAAGCUCUGAAGUAGCUACGUAAUCUGACUUCUUUCGUCAUGUUGAGGAGAUAUGCUAACUGCACUUGUCAAGAUGAACUUGUGUUCCACCUUGAAAUCCUGUAGUGUGCCUAAGAGAAGCAAAACUCCUGUGACGACGAGAUAAGAAAAGUUGGGUGAUUUUGGGGCAGGUAUGACAGCAAAUGCUAACCAGUUUUAUUGUUGUCUCUCAGAACUUGUGCUCUGUGUUGGAACUGGGGGACUAAACUCAACAAAUGUCAUUUUUCUACAUGAAGAUAACAGAAAUACCCCAUAUUACCUCACUACCCCAGUUUUUUGGCUUCUUACUGUAGCUACACAAGUGUCAGAUUAGCCUUUUCUUUAUAAAGCCCCUAUUUAAACAAAUAGGGGUUUCCAUAGUUAAAACUGGCCAGCUUUGAGGUGUUGAUCAUACUAGCAGUGAGCACAAAAUUCACUAAUAAAUUGAGCACCAAGCCUCUCAAAUAUAAAAGGGAAGUUGUGAGAUGACGAUAAAGAUGUGUUUAAUGAACUGCUGAGCUGACUUGACCAUCCAUGCAGGAUGUGAUUGAUGCUCCUUAGUGUUACGUUUUUCUCAAACAAAACACAUAAAAAGGGUUGCAUUGUUUGGUUUGAAAUGACAUUUUUAUUAUAUCUCAUUAUUCUACUGUAAAAGGUGCAAAACACUAAAUGUACAAAGUCAGAAGUACAGAAACUAAUAAAGAUACGAAUAAUGAAGAAUAAUAAUAUGAACUGCGCAUGUGAGAGUGAUGUCACUUUCAGAUUCACCAGAAUCCUUAUCAGUUUCACUGCCUGAAGACAGAUUCACUUUGUCAUCAAUGCUGACAAGAGAUGUUUUAUACGAGACGCCGUUAUGAGGUGUGGAGAAGAUGUGUCUAUACCAUUACCCGAGUAACACUUGGCACUAAUGCUGUUAGCAGUUUUACACCCCGAGUUAUCCUCAGGUCUUAACGCAUCUAUACAGUUGCCUGAGUGACGCUGGGGACUAGCACUUUUAGCACCGUUUUUUUACAGCCCGAGUAACCCUCGGGUCUAACGCUAAGGAGGUUAAAGGAUGAAGUAAUAGAAAAGCACAUCUUGAGUUUGCUUGUGCGGUUUAAUCCACAUAUUGUAAACUUGCAAAAGCCAAGCAAAGCAAAACUUCCAUUAAAAAUCCCACUAAAGAAAAAGUGUGUGGAAUCAUCCAGAAAACCCAGCAGGCGUGAUGGUGCUGUACAUAUCUGGGAGGAAAUUAUGGUGUUGACCACACUGACUUAGCAAGCAGGUUACAUAGCAGGCAUGAUAUGAAAGAAACUUUAAUAUUGACACAUAUUAGUUAAUGUUAAGUAACAACCUUCCACCUGAAGAAUCUGCUAGCUCUCUUUGGACCUCUUCAGAGUACCAAGUGGAAUGAUCAGGGAUGACAUUUUAGAAAAAUCAUUAACAAUGCACUGAAUAUCAAGGCAGGGAGAUGAGCGAAAAGGUGGGAAAGGUCAGGUAUAGACAGAGCGCAUCUGUUAAAACUCAGCAGUGGUCAGUCACUAAGCUUUAAUUCUUUCCAAAAAAGUUAUUUUAAUGUCAUUUAAGAUGGUAAUCCCACCAAUAAUUAAUUGGAUCUGAAUUCCCCACAUGUAUAAAGAGUGUUUUGAUUUUGAUAUUUUUUUUAAGUACUAUUACUUUUUUUUCUCUUUGUUGUCAGUGCACAAGCUGUAGGCUUAAAAUGUUUUAGGCACCUGAAGUUUCCCCCUGGCCCUCCUCUUAGAAUUCGCUUCCCUCCUUAGUUCAUCUGCACAUUACCUUCAAAAUGGAAUGCAUUUUAUGUCCUAAUCAAAAUGCAUGUUAAAGCACUUGACACAUUGAAAAUGGAGAAAAACGUACAAUUAUCGAUAUUCAAUUACUUCAUGUUGUUAAGCAGCUCCAAUAUAAAGCUUUGCCCUUGUUCAAGGUUCAGUAAAAAUGGGGUCUUUUCAUGGGUUGCACCAGUGCUUACUAACAUUAAUAAAGUGCGCCGAGUCUGCCGCUUAGAGGAUCCCCGCAAAAAGUGGCCAAGUCACUCAUGUUGUCUUUCUGAAUACAGUGAGUUGAACUUCCAGUCUUGAUUUGAUAGCUUUCACUUCAUAAAUGUUUAACCCUACAUAAGUGAUUGUUCAUGCGUUUUGUUUUGGACAUUGUAAGGCUAACUGAUGAAACAAACAGAAUUCCUCUGAGUUGCUGCGCACAGUGCUCUACUAAAGGGCUCGGCCCCGCCAACACAAGCGCAGCGCCAGUAAUGGCCGCAGACCCCACACACUCUUACAUCACUCAAGUGGAGAAUCCAGGAAUGUCGGUACCACUCUGAACAUGAAUGUUGUGUAGACCAGUUACAGAUGUAGAAUUACUUUGUAUGUAAUGUACAUAUUAAAGAUUGUAUUUUGUUCAUUUUCUUAAUAAAAUUGAAACAACA